ACUUCCUUCACAAUUCUGUACGGCAGUGAGACAGCUGCUUGGCUGACACGUAACUAAAAUUAAAGGUGUUGUGCGGGCCUUGUUGUGGACUUAAAGUUCAAAUUUUUUUAAUCGGGGAAAGAGGAGACCGCUUCGUGAACGCUAAGGAGCAGCGGGGAGUCCAGCAGCCUCGGCUCGUCCCGCUUUUCGGCGAAGGCGGAGCAGCAGUUUGAGGUUAAGUCAGACGAAAAUCUCAGCGGCUUCGUUACUUUGAAGAGUCUUGUUGAGCAAAUAAUGUCUCCAUCGACCAGUCUGAGCGCAGAAGUAAACGUUUUGUUCGGGGAGUGAGGGCACGGGGGGGGGAGGGUGGGGCGGGGUGGGGGUUGAAGUUGAGUCGGAAGUUUCCAGCAGCAGAGACGGGCUCAGCUCGCGCGGACAGCCGCGAGGGGCGCGUGUCCACCACCAUGGGUAACGGAGUGUGCUCGCGCCGCCAGCGGAGGAUCUUCCAGUGUCUCCUGGUGGUCACGGUGAUCUGCGGCGUGAUGUACGGAGGGAUGAUCUCCUACGAGAUGCACAAACAGCUGAAGAGGACCGAAUCCAUGGCUCUGAAGUACCAACAACAUCAGGAGUCCCUGUCGGCGCAGCUCCAAGUUGUGUAUGAGCAUCGCUCCAGGUUGGAGAAGUCUCUUCAAAAGGAGCGGUUGGAGCAUAAAAAAGCUAAAGAAGAUUAUCUGGUUUAUAAACUCGAAGCACAACAGACACUCAACAAGGAGAAGCAAGAAUCCAGCAGCAGGUUAAAUACUCUACAAGUACAACAUCAAAUGCUGAAGAACCAGCAUGAUGACUUAAAGAAGCAGUAUUAUGAGCUGCAGGAGCAGCAUCAGGUGCAGGGAGAUGACCACAACAGACUCUUGGAUGAACACAGAAAUCGUUAUGAAAAACUUCAGCAAGCCAAAGAGGUGGAAGUGUCUCAACUCAAAGAAAAUGUUUAUAACCUUAGAGAAGAAAAUAAACAACUGAGGAAAGCCCAUCAUGACAUUCACAUACAGCUACAGGAUGCACAGAUUCGGCAUCAGGAUUUGAAGGCGGCACAUGACCACCUUGCACUAACACUGGAAGACCACAAGAGUGCGCUAGCUGCAGCUCACUUACAAGUUGCUGAGUACAAGCAGCUGAAGGAUUCUCUGAACAGGAUGCCCGGGCUAAGGCAGAUGGAGCAAAGCACUGCCCCUCAGCAGCCACGAGUAGUUGUCGCACAAUCUCAGGUCCAUCAAUCCCAGCAAGCAGUAAUGUUGCAAAGUCCUCUUAAAGAAAAGCCCAGCUCGGAGGGGGAUAAACACGACACUCAGUCCAGGUUGGAGCACCAAGAGGAGGACCUGCACACACAUACAAAGGUUGAGUAUCACUCAACUGUGUCCCACCAUGCCUUAUCUGAGAAAGAGGAAGAUAGAGAGGGAGAAGCAGAGAGGAGAAGAGAGCUAGCAGAGGAGGAGAUGGCACAAGCAGGACAGCCUCAGAAGCUAGAAGAUGAACAUGACCAGCAGGAUGAGCAUCAAGAGGAAGAAGAAGAGGCAGAACAACCAGAUGAGAAUGCCUUGGAUCAACAGAGACGCCUUCCACAACAGGGUUCACAUAUGGACUUGCACCAGGAGGGCCAACUGCAGCACGAGGCACAUGCCCAAUUGGAGCAUGUAAAGUCACCCUAUGAGCAGCAGCAGGAGCAGCAGCGCCUGGAAGCUCAGCGGGCCCAGGAGCGCAGAUUGAUCCGGACACAACAGGAAGUCCUCCGUGUCCAGAGAGAGAAGGAGCUAAAGGAGAGGGAGCAAAGGCUGAAAGAGGAGCUGGAGAAAGAGCAGCAACACCACAGAGAGGCUGACAGACAGGAGCAGCUGCUGAGAGAGGAGCAUCUUAGGAAGAGGACAGAGUAUGAGAACAUGGACAAUAAUAUUGUUCAGGGUGAAGAUGAUCAUCAUGCUGAUGAAGAGAGAGAUGCUCACAUGCUUCAUGAGGAUGAAGAGAGGCAGGAGGUGGAUCAAAGAGUGCCACACCAUCAGGUAACCGGUGAGUUGGACCCCGAGGACGAUCCCAACAAUCAGGGAGAGGAUGAGUUUGAAGAGGCGGAGGAUGAUCGGCCACAACACAGGGUUGCAGAGGAGGAGGAGGUGGAGGUGGAAGAAGGGGAAGAUCCUUAUGAGGACAACAUAGAACAGGAUGAUGGAAAGAAACAGGAAGGACAGAAGAAAAAUGAUCACCAAAAAGAAGAGGAGCAUAAUGAGGAAGAAAAUUAUGAAGAGGAGGAAGUCAAAGACAAAGAAUUCAAGGGCAAAGGAACUAAUCAGAGAGCAGAGAUGUAAGAGUGAAGACAACGUUUGGUUAUAGUGCCUUUUCGGCUGCUCGUGGAGCCUUUCGGGAUUUCUGUCUUGUUUACCAAAGGAGUGAGAACAGUUGUCUUCUGCUUGUCAGCUAAGUGUGUGUGUGUGUGUUAAAUGCCUUGCUUUUGUAUGUUGUUCCACCACGGUGGGUUUGGACCUCCUUGGCUGACGCUGGGGAUUCAGGAUUUAUACUAUUUUUGUUUAUCGUUGAUUGCUAAUCUUGUCUAAUUGUGUAUAUGCCUGGUUAUUUGUCUGGCAGCAGACAAGUAAACGAAUGUACUUUUAUCAUGUUCUGUCAUGUAAAGAAGGCAAUAUAAAUUGUUCUAAUUUUCAGACUUUUAUAUACAUUUUAUGCAAGCAUUUUUAUUUGUUGUAGUGGUCAAUAUUUCACUUAAUCAAUCAAGUUUUAUUUCUAUAGCACUUUACAACAGUUUUCACUGAACCAAAGUGCUUUCCAAUAGCACCAGCUAGAGAUAAAAUAAAAAGAAAAGUACGAAAAACACAAAACACAAUAAGAG